UAUAUGAGUUGGUGAAGAUUACUGGCCAUACUAGCAAAGGGGAAAGUGCCUGUGCAACAUCAUCAUCAAGAAGAAGAAGAGAUCAACGGCAAGAAGACUAGCGACUAGCGAGAGAUCGAUCGAAGAGAAGAGGAGAGAUGGUGCACGGGAAGCUGGAGGUCCUCCUCGUCUGCGCCAAGGGCCUCGAGGACACUGACUUCUUGAACGACAUGGACCCCUACGUGAUCCUCACCUGCCGCACUCAGGAGCAGAAAAGCAGCGUUGCAAAAGGAGCAGGAAGCGAGCCUGAAUGGAACGAGACCUUCGUCUUCACCGUCUCCGACGAUGUUCCACAGCUCAAUGUCAAGAUCAUGGACAGUGAUGCCUUCUCAGCUGACGAUUUCGUCGGUGAAGCAAACAUUCCUCUGGAGCCUGUGUUCCUGGAAGGCAGCCUUCCUCCAGCCGUCCACCGUGUCGUCAAGGAGGAGAAGUACUGUGGAGAGAUCAAGGUUGCUCUCACCUUCACUCCAGCAGCGGAAACUCGCCAUCAUCACAACCACGAGAACGAGGGGGAGGGUUACAGCAGCUGGAACUGAUUGCCUGCUACUAAUGAGCAUCAACGAGAGGAGAUCUUGUCUCAAGAAUUAAUGUGCUUGUCAACAAUACUCCGUGCUAUGAUGUCCUAAGAACUGAAACAUCCAUUUAUAUGUAUAUCCCAGACCAUUGACUUGCUCUGCCUAAAUUUUGUAUAUUUUUUACUACAAAGAUGUGAUGGUGUGAAAUCCAGAAUAUUUUUAUCGAAUCAUGCACUUUCUUUCA